AGUUGGAAUUGGUGCGUCGAGGCGAGUGGACGCGCUGGCGGAUGAUUGAUGCGAACAUUGCAUAUACGUCGUGUGUGCGGUUCAAACGUUCGGCGGUUGUGUGUGCGGACUGGGAAGCUGGACAGCGGCUAAGGCGGCAAAGGGCGGCAGGUGAGAGCAGUGGAAGCGGAGCCCCAGGCAAAAACCCAGAAAGAAUUAAGCCAAGUUGAAGAGCGAGCAAGAAACCCCGCCAGCGGGCGGUCCAACAGCCAACUUCAUUUACGUCUGAAACGCAGUUGAAAUAAACGACUUCACGACACUGGCGGAUUUCCUAAAAAACAUCCAAUCCCUGUGGCUAACGAGCUGGCUCAGCUCCGGGAGGACCAGCGGGCAGACCAAGCGGAGCACCGGCGAAGGAUUCGGAAUCGGAGGCGGAGGCCACGAGAAGCGCGCAGUCAACGUUUACACGCUCCAGCAGCCGCAUAAGUUUCCGCUUCAGUUGGACGUGCACAGCGGCGGUAAUUGUAGCUUUGAUUGCCACCAGGAGCUGGACAGGAUCCGUCAUCCCGGCGUCCCAGCGCCGCGCCAGCAGUCAACAACACCUUCCUCGGCACGGGCCGGGGAAAUCUACGAAACCAAGUUUAUUGAAUGCUCAAUGGCCCAAACGAUGGACGACAUGGUCUUCCAGUGCAGCAAUCAAAACUCGAUCUAUGUGCUGAAUGCCAGCUACGGUUCCUAUGGGGACUAUGGCACAUAUGCGGCAACAAAGCGUGAAAUAAAUGGCAGCCGGAGCAGAGCGGCAAAUCAAAUUGGGGCGACUUGCUCGAGUGGCGUCCUGCAGCAUAAAUUCAAAACUUUCGGCAGUGCCGCAGCAACAACAGCAGCCGCGGCAGCUGCAGCGGCACCAGCCAUGGACGCAGCAGCGGGAGGCGCAGCAAACUACGUAAAUCCUGUCGCUACAUCAAUGUCAACCGCAAUGUGUUCACCGGCAACGGCGGCCCUGCAAAAACUGUUCAAUUGCAGCGUCGGCGUCGCCUGCCAAAAUGUCACCCACGCCCACAGCAACCACACCAACCAAAGCAGCAGCACCAACAGCAGCAGCAUCAGCAGCAGCCACAUCCACAUCAGUGGCAGCAACAACAAUGCCGCCGCCAGCAACCAUAACAAUAGCUGCCUGUCGGCGGCAGGCGGAGUGGGCCUCCAAAGCGCCCGGAAUCGGAGCCGGAGUGGCGAAUGCCUCGAUGGCGCAGCGGGAGCGGUUACCUCGUCAGCCGGGGGCGGAGGCGGAGGAGCAGGUGGCCUCCCUCUGCUCCCAAAGAAGAAAUGCACCAAUGUCAAAUCAGCGCUUAUUGCCAAGAAGACAAAGUUUCUCAAAUAUCUCGAAGCAGAAAAAUGGCGCAGCAACGCGGCAGUUCCGGAAGAUGCUGGUGCCAUCAGCAAUGAGGCGGAGCCACCCACUCCGAGCGGCAACAACAACGGCGGCAACUUGAAAAAUCAGAGCAACAGUCGGGAGGCUGGAAGUGGCACUGGAAGUGGCAGUGGAAGUGGGUGUGGAAGUGGUGGGCAGCCGAACAAACCGACCAACUGGAGCAUGCAUAAUGAGGACACCAGCACGGCGCUGGCCAGCCACCACCAACUACAACAGCAGGUGAAAUCGAGUUCCGAGCUCUACCAGGAGGCAGCCGACAUUUUGGGCCUGAGUUGCAGCCUCUGUGAUAAUUGCCGCUGCCUGGACUGCCAGAGCGGCUACUUUGACUGCGACGACGACGAUGAGAGCUACUCAGAGCAAUCGCUGAUGGACGACGAGUACGACGAGUUCGACUGCGGAGCGGAGGAGCUGCAGGCGGCGAUGACAGCAGCCCGGCACCAGGAUGUGCCCCGGAUGCCCUGCUGCCCGCUGGGGGCGGGUUCCCGCCUUGCACACAAGGCGGACUCCCCGGCCGCACACACGCCCCCGCAAUCGGAAUCCCUGGGUCAUCGGGUGGCCAUCGAUUUUGAUUUAAUUAACGCCACUUGCAGCCAGGUGCUGCAAAACUGUGAAACAUUCAACGAUUUGAGUCUGCUAGAUGCCGCCGCCGGAGCUGAGCGUCCUUUCACGUAAAUCCAGGUGACGCGCUGGCAGGCGGGGAUUCCCCGCCCAAUCAGGAGUCCGCACACUGCAGCUAAUUCAUCAGUUUAUCAACGGCCAGGUCGGAGCCCAUUAAUUGCAACUGACACCUAGCACAGUGGCUACCAAUUGUACGCGGACACAGCGCCGCUGGUGUUUGCGUUGCGUUUAUUUUCUUAUUUCUCAUUUUGUUUUCAAUUAAGUUCCAUGCAAAUAGAGCAGUUGGCUAACAGGAAGCCUCCGCUGCCAUAUAUCCUGCAUAAAUACGCAAUAUGUGGCCCAUGUGUGUGUGUGUGUGUGUAGUGGCAUUGUGCAAACGUGGAUAGUUGGCGAGCGUGACGAACUGGUCAACAAAUCGCAAAUAAAUUAAUUGGCAAUUGCAAUUUCAAUUCAAUUCAAUUCCGAGGCAGCGGAAGCUCAAUUGAAAACCAGAAGUGUUCCGGCGAUGGCGAUGGCGAUGGCGAUUAUCAGUGAACAUAAACCACAUAUGGAACAAUGAAACAAUGAGAAACCAAAACGAAUUGUGCCAAUCCAAAACAAUCUCAUAUUCAAAUAUGAAUGUUAUCGAGUUGCAGUGAGUGCAAGCCAAAUCGAAUUCAUUGGGAUUAUGCAGCCCGUCGUAAUCUGACAACACAACUAAUUGAAAAUUCAAUGAAAUAUUUAUCUCUAAUCUGUGUAAAGGGUCUAUAUGUUGUUAGUGCUUAAGUAUGUAAGAAUUUUAGUGUGAUGCUUUUCGUUCGUUCACUGAUUUCAAAUCAAGGAGAAACAUUGGAAAUAUAUAUUUGUGUUGGAAAAGAA